AUGGCCCUCCCCCUCCCCGUCUCCACCGCCGCCCCCAUAUCCCCUCCCGCCAGCAAAUUAAACCUCCAAGCAUCCCACCACCUCGCUUCUGGCGCUCUGUCUGGUCUCUCCUCGGCUAUCGUCCUCCAGCCUCUCGAUCUGCUCAAGACUAGGCUUCAACAGAGCCAAGGGGGGGUUGCUAACAAAAGACAAAGACUACGAGGCGUUUUCACCCAAGUCCUCAAAGACGAUGGUAUUCAAGGUCUCUGGAGGGGAACAGUCCCAACGCUAGUACGGAAUGUCCCCGGUGUAGCCAUAUACUUUUACUCUCUCUCCCACAUCCGUAAUCGUCUAUCGCAUAUCCCAUACUUUGCCAUCACCGUACCAGCAGCGCCUAUAUGCGAUUCAAAGUCACCAUUGGGUGUCAAGACAGAAGGGGGGUCGAGAUCGGCGAUUGUCAAGCUUUCUUCUGGAGGCAACCUGUUGGCAGGUGCUGUAGGACGGACGUCGGUGGGCUUUGUGCUGAGCCCAAUAACGGUGGUCAAGGCGAGAUUCGAAAGCAGCAGGUAUUCAGAUUAUAAUUCAAUAUUCGGCGCCCUCUCUUCGCUCUACCGGACACAAGGCAUCAAAGGGUUCUUCCAGGGAUUCACAGCGACUGCUGUAAGAGACGCACCCUAUGCAGGGAUGUAUCUCGUCUUUUAUGAGAAAUGUAAGGAGGUUGCAGGCAAACUUCCGGGGGUACCGAAUGCCGCUAUACAUUCAGGAUCGGGUGUCAUGGCAGCUAUGCUAGCUACCAUCAUCACGUCCCCCGCCGACGUUGUCAAGACGCGGAUGCAGGUCAAUCCGGCUGAACAUCCGACGUUGAAAAAGGCUGUUGAGAGGAUCAUACAAGAACGAGGCAUAGCGGGUCUGUUCUCGGGUACAUCAUUGAGAAUAUCACGGAAAGCGGCGAGUGCGGCGAUCGGGUGGACGGUGUACGAAGCCCUCUUGAUCUUCUUGAGGGACAGGAAAGAUCAUGAGGGACAAACAACGCAACUUAAGGCAUUAUAA